CCCGUCCCUGGAACUGAAGUGUGGCUGUUUGGUUCUAGGCACACGAAGCCUCCCACCACCAACAGCAGGCAGCACAGAACAGCCUGUUGCCUCUCCUGAGCUCUGCUGUGGAACCACCCGAUCAGAAGCCGAUUCUGCCCUUACCAAUAACGCAGAAACCUCAGCCUGCACCAGAAACAUUAAAGGAUGCUAUUGUUGGGAUUAAAAAGGAAAAACCUAAAACCUCCUUUGUGUGCACUUACUGCAGCAAAGCUUUCAGGGACAGCUACCAUUUGAGGCGUCACGAGUCCUGCCACACAGGGAUAAAGUUAGUGUCACGGCCAAAGAAAACUCCCACCACAAUGGUGCCCCUUAUCUCCACCAUCGCUGGUGACAACAGCCGAAGUUCGCUGGUUUCGACUAUCGCAGGCAUCCUGUCCACAGUCACUACGUCUUCCUCUGCCACCAACCCCAGCAGCAGCGCCGGCGCCACGGCCAUGGCCGUCACGCAGACCGUCAAGAAGCCCAGCAAGCCCGUGAAGAAGAACCACGCCUGUGAGAUGUGUGGGAAGGCCUUCAGGGAUGUCUACCACCUCAACAGGCACAAGCUGUCCCACUCCGACGAGAAACCCUUCGAAUGUCCCAUUUGCAAUCAGCGCUUCAAGAGAAAGGAUCGCAUGACCUACCACGUGAGGUCUCACGAAGGUGGCAUCACGAAACCAUACACCUGUGGUGUUUGUGGAAAAGGCUUCUCCAGGCCUGAUCAUUUAAGCUGUCACGUUAAACAUGUUCACUCAACAGAGAGACCCUUCAAAUGCCAAACGUGCACUGCUGCCUUUGCCACCAAAGACAGACUGCGGACACACAUGGUGCGCCAUGAAGGAAAGGUAUCGUGUAAUAUCUGUGGUAAACUUCUGAGUGCAGCAUAUAUCACCAGCCACUUAAAGACACACGGGCAGAGCCAAAGUAUCAACUGUAAUACCUGUAAACAAGGCAUCAAUAAAACAUGCAUGAGUGAAGAGACCAGCAACCAGAAACAGCAGCAGCAGCAGCAGCAGCAGCAGCAACAACAGCAACAACAACAGCAGCCGCAACAUCGACAAAAGCAACACACCCAGAAGCAGCAGCAGCAGCAGCAGCAGCAGCAGCAACACGUAACAAGUUGGCCUGGAAAGCAGGUAGAGACCCUGAGAUUGUGGGAAGAGGCCGUCAAAGCGAGGAAGAAAG